CCCAGCCACACCUUGACGUCGACAUCAGCGCAGCAUACAAACCAAUAACCAGUUGUCAGCGCUUUGCAUCGCUAUUUUUCUGAUACCUGAACCUCGCGUCACUUACAACAUUCAAUCUUUCCCAUUAUAUUUUUGCCUGUCUGUUCCCAAAGCCGGCCGGAACCAUGGCAGCUGAACAACGAAAGCUUCUUGAGCAGCUGAUGGGCUCCAACCUCACCACCCGCGCCGCCCAGCUUCCCCUAACCGACCCAAAAGUCUGCCGAUCCUAUCUCGUCGGCACCUGUCCCCACGACCUCUUCACCAACACAAAGGCAGAUCUUGGCCCCUGCCCUCGCGUCCACUCCGAGCCGCUCAAGCAAGAGUACGACUCCCUCCCAGAACCCGAAAAGAAGAAACUCGGCUUCGAGCACGACUACCUGCGCGACCUGUCUUCGCGAAUCGAUGCCUGCAACCGUAACAUCGACACACUCCAGCGACGCUUAGAAAAGACGCCUGAUGAAGUCCGGCAAACCAACGCGCUGUUGAAGGCUAUCUCUGACCUCGGCUCAACAAUCGCGAAUGGCCUCCUGGAGGUGGAGAUUCUGGCUGAAACGGGAGAAGUAGGAAGAGCUUACGACGAGUACUACAAGGUUCGACACGCCCAAGCGGCCAAGGCAGACAAAGAGAAGGAGCUUAAGGCGCUGAGUGAGACGUCUGGGCCCUCGGGACAUCAGAAGCUACAGGUGUGCGAUGUGUGUGGUGCCUAUCUCAGCAGGCUGGACAAUGACAGGCGUUUGGCCGAUCACUUCUUUGGCAAAAUGCACUUGGGCUUCGCCCAGAUGAGAAAGGCGUACGAAUCUUUCCCCAAGGAAAUGAGAGGGAGGUACCAGGGCGGCGGCGGAGGUGGCGGCGGGCAUGGAAGAGGAGUGCAGCAAAUGGACGACGAUAUGGGCCAUGUUCCCACGGGGCCGGGAGGAGGAUUCGGUGAUGGCUGGAAUAAGGGGCCACGAGGCCCCCGUGCCGGCGGAGGAUUCCGUCCGAGAGGGCCAAGAAGAGGGUGGUAG